UCAGCGCUGCGGACAACAAACAGAAAAAUGCGAAUGCGCGUCGUUUGGAACGAAAACGCAUGAUUACGGCUAAUACGAUGUUUGUGACCUUUUUGUGGAGUACGGCCUGUUUACUAGUGAUGCCCAUUGUCGCGACGGCCACACCAAUUAUCGAUGACCGGAAAAUAAAUAUGCCGUUGACGGCCAUGUGGCUGGCCGUCUUCGCCAUGCUGGGUUAUGGCACCAUACCGGCUAUAUUUUUCAUUAUGAAGGAAGACUAUAGGAUGGAGCUGUUCCGACGAUGCGGUAUGAAAUCUCUGCGAAUAACAACGUGGAUUGGAUCUGGAACGGAAUCACGAUCGAGAGCGGAAGGAUCGCGAUCGCACAGUAAAACCGUUAGCACUACGGCAACCCGGGGUUCAACAUGAAGUUCUUACAAACUUUUUUCUAUUGCAGUAUUUGAUGCAUUUGACCUUAGCAAAAUCGAUAUUAUGUCUUGUCAAGUCAUAAAAUUACAGAAGUGAUACUGUAUUUCGGUUGGCACUUGGCAGUUUCACUACAAUACAUGGAUGGGUAAAAGUAUUCAAAUAUUCAUUUUUUGACGAAGUCUGUAAGUGACUACCUAAUCACUCCGAUCCUUUUUUUCAUUGAGGGAGUUUUUUUAUCGGGCCGGUGGUUCGUGUUUCCUAAAACAAAUCUGAGAAAGGUGUCCAUAAGUCAUGGACCAAUUGGUAGUACAAGGGUACUACUUUAAUUGUUUCCG